UAUUUUAUAUUCAAUGCAAAAAUUUUCCAGAGUUGAGCAGAACAAAAUGGCGGUGGUGAAAGCCGUAAUUCUUAUUGCGGGCCCACAGAAAGGGACAAGGUUUCGUCCAUUAUCCCUUGAUGUGCCCAAACCUUUGUUUCCUGUUGCUGGUAUACCAAUACUUCAACACCAUAUUGAAGCUUGUGCCAGUGUUCCGGAGAUCAAGGAGAUACUGGUUCUAGGGUUCUAUCCUGCUCAUGAGCUCUCCACCUUUAUCCAGGAGAUGUCAGAGAUCCACUCCUCCACUUCCAUCAGAUACCUACAGGAGUAUUCUCCCUUGGGAACAGCUGGAGGAAUAUAUCAUUUCAGAGAUCAGAUCAGAGCUGGUAAUCCAGACGCUUUCUUCGUCAUGAAUGGAGAUGUUUGCGCGGACUUUCCAUUGAAGCCGAUGCUUGAGUUCCACCAAGGGAAGGUUGACUGUAUUGCUACAAUGAUGGGAACUGAAGCUACACGACAACAAUCGGUUAAUUUUGGUUGUAUUGUAGAGGAUAAGAAUACACAUAGUAUUCUUCACUAUGUGGAAAAGCCUGAAACCUAUGUGUCUACCUUGAUCAACUGCGGAGUGUAUAUAUUCUCGCAGCAGAUUUUUCAAAUGCUACAGACAAUAUUUCAAGCAAAGCAGACGGAGUUUUACUCGGGCCUUGAUGGGAAGAAGGACGCCGUGUUUGAAAAGGACGGACGGGACGCAAUCUGGCUGGAGAAGGACGUUAUGGUCCCGUUAGCGGGGACUAAUACGUCCUAUGUGUACUUGACCAACAAUUGGUGGAGUCAGGUGAAAACUGCUGGAAGCGCUAUCUAUGCUAACCGGCAUUACUUAAACUUGUAUAGAAAUAACUAUGUAGGAAGGCUGGCUCAGGAUAGAAAAAAAGGUCCGACAAUUAUCGGGGAUGUUUUUAUUCAUUCUACAGCUAAAGUAGAUCCAUCUGCAGUAAUAGGUUGGAGUAAUAAUGAAGGGGACUGGAGUAAGGUACUCCUACUAACUUUACCUCUUGUAUUAGGUUGGAGUAGUAUAGUAGGGGACUGGAGUAGGGUAGAGGGUACUCCUGAUGAUCCAAACCCAAACAAACCUUUCGCAAAAAUAGAAAACAAUCCUCUGUUCAACAGUGCAGGUCAAAUGAAUCCUUCCAUAACGAUCCUCGGAGGUCACGUAAUAGUUCCUUCGGAGGUUAUUAUCCUCAACUCUAUAGUUUUACCACACAAGGAGUUAAGUGGCAGCUACAAGAACCAAAUAAUUCUGUGAUUUAUACACUAUUUAUGUUGAAUUGGCUGGGUUUUUUGAAUUCACUGUUUUCGGCACUGUUGUUUCCUAUGGUACAAACCAAAAAAAAAAUUUGAAAGUUUUAUUUUUAGAAAUUUUAAGAUUUAUUAUUUAUAUUUUGCACUCGUAUGUUUUGUUCAAAUAGGUUUCUAUUUUCAG